AACCUGGGCGACCAUAAGGGUUUCAUUUUUCCAAUCCAAACGAAACCCUAGUUUUCGCGGCGCCGCCCUCGCCUUCUUCCGCGCCCACCAUGUCUGGAAGAAAGAAGACCAGGGAGCCCAAGGAGGAUAACGUGACACUUGGGCCGGCUGUACGAGAAGGGGAGCAAGUGUUUGGUGUUGCUCACAUCUUUGCAUCGUUCAAUGACACUUUCAUUCAUGUUACAGAUUUAUCUGGCAGGGAAACGCUGGUUCGCAUUACAGGUGGCAUGAAGGUCAAAGCCGACAGGGAUGAAUCAUCACCUUAUGCAGCCAUGCUUGCAGCUCAAGAUGUGGCACAAAGAUGCAAGGAACUUGGGAUUACUGCUUUACACAUUAAGUUGCGAGCGACUGGUGGGAAUAAGACGAAAACACCCGGUCCUGGAGCUCAAUCUGCUCUCCGAGCGCUUGCCCGUUCUGGGAUGAAAAUUGGCCGUAUUGAGGAUGUGACGCCGAUUCCAACAGACAGCACCCGCAGAAAGGGUGGAAGAAGAGGGAGGAGACUGUAGUUCACCCAAAUGCUGCGGAAAGAACCGUUUAUUCUGCCAUUUUAGGCUUUGAAUCUAUGCUGCAUUUGAGGUUCAUUCUAAUUUUGUUAGGAUCGAAGCUACGGCGGUAGCUCUAUGUUAAUUUACUGUGAUUGAGAUUUGAGUGCAUGAUUUCUGUUAAGAUGAUAUCUUUUAGUAUCAUUUACAUUAAUUAUGUUAUAUCUUUUGACUAUC